AUGCUCUCCGCAUUCACUGCUCGGUCCAUUAUCGAGCUCAAGCAGAGGGACAAGUCCAAGAUAGAGACGAUACUUGCUUAUGGCGACCGCGUCCUCGUCGGCCUCAACACCGGCAGUCUACGUGUCUACCGACUCAACGAUCUCGAACCUCCACCAAACCUACAAGUCCAAUCUACGAACGGAUCAACCGCUUCCCAGGCCGAUGCUGCUCCCCAUGAAUCCGAUGCCGCGUCCCAACCGGCGCCGGCCCCCAGUAAGCCCGCCGCGAAGAAGCCUACAGACCUCCUCCGCGAGGUCGAGAAGUUCUCCAACCGCGCGAUCGAGCAGCUCGCAAUCAUCAAGGAGGCCAACACGCUGGUGUCGCUGUCCAACUACGCCAUAUCGCUGCACGACUUGCAGUCCUACGAGCCCAUCGACGGGUGCGCCCCGCUGCCCCGCACCAAGAACGCGUCAUGCUUCGCCGUCACGAGCAACAUCGUGCGGGACUCGGAGACGGGCAUCCCGGAGAUCAUCAGCCGUAUGGCCGUGGCGGUGAAGAGGAGGCUGCUCCUGUGGCGCUGGCACGAGAGCGAGCUGGCGCCCGACGUCGGCGAGGUGGUGCUGGCCGAGGCGAUCCGGACGGUGACGUGGGCCAGCGCCACCAAGGUGGUCUGCGGCAUGAACUCGGGCUACGUCCUCGUGGACGUGGUGUCACACGAGGUCGAGGACGUGGUCGCGCCGGGCGCCAUCGCCGGCGGGCAGGGCAACCGCUUCGGGGCCAUGAGCAGCGCGGGCAUGGGCUACAUGGGCCUCGGCGGCUACGUGCCGAGGCCGCUCGCCACCAAGCUCGCCGACGGCCAGAUGCUGCUGGCCAAGGACAUCAACACGCUGUUCAUCACCGACGAGGGCAAGCCCCUGCCCAACAAGCGGCAGAUCCCCUGGCACAGCGCCCCCGAGAGCGUCGGGUAUAGCUACCCCUACAUCCUCGCCCUGCAGCCGCCGGCCAAGGGCACCUUGGAGGUGCGCAACCCCGACACGUUGAGCCUCCUGCAGAACAUCAGCCUUCCCGGGGCCGCCAGCCUGCAUUUCCCUCCGCCGACGGUCAGCCUCGCGCAUGCGGGCAAGGGGUUCCAUAUCAGCAGCGAAAGGGCGGUGUGGAAGAUGGACGCGACGGACUACGACAGCCAGAUCGAGGAGCUCGUCGGCUCCGAGAAGUACGACGAGGCGAUCAGUGUGCUGGGCAUGCUUGAGGAUGCGCUGCUGAAGGACAAGACCCAAACGAUGAGGGAGGUCAAAAUGCAGAAGGCCGAGGUGCUGUUCCGGCAGAAGAAGUACCGCGAGUCCAUGGACCUAUUCAACGAGGAUGCUGUGCACGCACCGCCCGAGAGAGUACUGCGGCUCUUCCCAAAGUCAAUUGCCGGAGAGUUGUCCGCACACAGUGACGACAAGGACAGUGACAGCGAGUUGGAGCCGGAUGAGACCAACGAGAAGUCGUCUGAGCCACAUGAUGGGGAGCAUACUCGUAAAGAUACCGAUGCGGCUUCCUCGGCUGCCGAGGAGACACUGUCCCCAGCAACGAUGGGGGCAGGUUUCGCCAGAAUGCUACUAGGGCAUCGUAGCAAACCAAAGGACGCAGAUACAGCGUCGCUUGACUCGUCUGCGAAGCGAGGAGUGGACAAUGACGACGCAGUCAGCGUCAAGAGCAAGUCAUCCAAAGCAGGUGACGACAGCAAUACGCUAGAAGGCAAGGACCUGAAGGAAGCUGUUCUCGAGCUCCGGGGCUUCCUCGCCGGGACGCGCGCACGUCUCCAGCGCGUGUUGGACCCUGUCAGCGGUAAGCUGAAGACCAAGAUGUCACAGUCUGGCUCGAGCGAGGAAGCUCUCAAGAGUCUCAUCAGCACCACCGGCGGCAGAGACGAGUCGGACGAUGUACUGGAGCAGCAGCUCCAGGAGACGUUCAAGAUUGUCGACACGUGCCUAUUCCGCGCGUACAUGUUCUCUGCGCCGACGCUAGCCAGCUCGCUGUUCCGCAUUCCCAACUUCUGUGACCCGGACGUCGUCAACGAGAAGCUGGUGGAGCACGACCGGUACAACGAGCUUGUAGACUUCUUCUACGGCAAGCGGCUGCACCGACAGGCGCUGGAGCUGCUCAAGCGGUUCGGCGAGGGCGAGGAGCCAGACGAGCGCGCGCCAUCACUGCACGGCCCGGCCAGGACGGUUGGAUACCUGCAAAACCUGCCGCCCGAGAUGAUCGACCUGAUCCUCGAGUUCAGCGAGUGGGCGUUGCGCCGCGCGCCGGACAUGGCCAUGGAAAUCUUCCUGGGCGACACCGAGAACGCCGAGACGCUGCCGCGCGAGAGGGUCGUGCGCUUCCUGGACGCUAUAGAUACGCGCCUCGAGGUCACAUACCUGGAGCACAUCAUCAACGAGCUGAACGACCUCACACCCGAGUACCAUGAGCGCCUUGUCGAUCUUCUGGUGAAGCAGCUCAAGGGCGCCGACGCGCGGGACGGGCGGGACGCGGAGUGGGAGAGGAACAUGAGCAGGCUGCUUGGGUUCCUCAAGGAGUCGAGGCAGUAUAGCCUGACCAGGGCUUUUACUUUACUCAAGGGUGAUGAUCCAGCUUUCUAUGAAGCUCAGGCUAUUGUCCUGAGCAACAUGGGCGAGGACAGGCAGGCGCUCAUGAUCUACGUCUUCAAAUUGCAGGACUAUCACAAAGCAGAAGAAUACUGCAAUCACGUCCACUUAUCCAAAGAGACACCGACACCAAGGCCGCCGUCCUCGGGGGCGACAGGCCCCGCGGGCACAUUCAAAACACAGAAGCCUUCCCCUGUGUACGAAGAGAAGAAUGAGGACUCAGGCCCAUCCAUCUACCAGACCCUGCUGUCACUGUAUCUCAAUCCCCCGCCGCCACACAAGCCAAACCUCCCGCCGGCGCUCAGCCUGCUAUCCAAGCACGGCUCGAGGCUCCCCGCGGCGUCGACUUUGUCGCUGAUCCCGGACAUGCUGCCGGUGUCGGACCUGGAGUCAUACUUCCAGGGCCGGAUCCGCUCGGCCAACUCGGCCGUCAACGCGAGCCGGAUCAUCGCGGGGCUGCGGCAAACGGAGCUGGUGGCCAGCCAGGCGCUGCUUCUCCUGGGCGACGGGGUGCCGGGCGGGCAGGGCGGGCGCAACCGCAGGGUAAUCAUCAGCGACGAGAGGGUGUGCGGCGUGUGCCACAAGCGCCUGGGCGGCAGCGUCGUCGCCGCGCUGCCCGACAACUCGGUCGUGCACUACGGGUGUCUGAACCGGAGCCAGAGGGCCUUCUCGUCGGCGGCCGCGAGCGUGGGGGCCGGGGCUGGUGCCGGCGAGGGCGUGGGCAUGAGCGAGAGCGUGCGUAAGGCGUCGACCUGGUCUAACGCGCCGGUGAGCACGACGACGGGGCCGUGGAAGACCGGGAGGAGCGGGGGAGGCUGGGGGACGAGUCCGCGGGCAGGAUUUGACGGCUGA